GUGGGUACGAGCCAUGACAGAGAUCGAUCAGCAUCAUCCGUAGGCAGUGAGGCGGCCCAUUAGACAUCCGACACAAAAUUUGCUUGCUCGGCUCCGCGGCGGCUCCGGUCCCCAAUUGCGAGGGCCCAAGCCCGACGCUGUCUUCGUGGACCCCCCUAGAAGACGUAGGAGUCCGCAGCGCCAGCAACCAUGAGCCAAGGCAGGCCCAGCCCGGCUCCGCGACGCGGCUCCGAAGUGGUGGUACUGGUAAGCGCUUCGCACACAAGGAUAUGUGGCCCGGCGGCUGCCGUUGAACACGAGCGACAAGCGAGCGCGGCAGCCAUCGAGGCGGUAUCUUCGUCACGUCGGAGGCCGUCGUACGCCAUGGCACAGCAACCGCAGAACGCUGUGGUGACUGAAGAGACCGAUGGACGGGACUUCGCGUGUAACGUCGACGUUGCCUACGAGGAAGAAAGCCGGAUGCCGAUCGUUCGCCUCGUUCACCACGGGCCCAGGGCGUACGUGGAAGUGAUCGACCGCGAGGCUCAUUCCAACAGGCGCUCGUCGUCGCCGCAGCCGCCCAUGGUUGUUAGCCGUUCGCCGUCGCCACUAAGCCGGCCGUCUUCUCCAUUCAGUCGUCCCCCGACGCCCAUCGCACGCCCUUCGUCUCCGAAAUUCAGAGCCAUGUCACCAAUGCAGGUGGCCAGGCUGUCUUCAUACAGAGCGGCCGCUGCCAGCAACGUUGCAAGUCCGAUGUCACCGCGGUUCCCGCAGCCGGCGAUUGACGUCCGGUACAGCGGCUACAAGCGGAGCCGUUCGGGUUCGUGGCCCUUCCCGAGGUCAGCGCCAUCGUCAAGGCCCCAAUCAGGCACAGCGCUGCUCAAGAUCGUCGAGGACUGCACGCUCUGUGCCAAGAAGAGCAAAAUGCUCCACGAACAGCGCGCAGCUCUUGCCGCGAGUCCCAACGACCUGCAGAGACGAAGGGAGGUGGCCGACUUCGUGGCCUCUGCGUCUCCGGCGUCGCCGGUCGGAUCGUCGGCGACAGCCGCCAUCGUGGCCGCAGCCGCAUCAGCCGCCGGUAUUCAACUGAAAGCCAACGGCAACGAAAUCGAACCCUGCCUGGACUGCCUGGAGGAGUUUGUGCGCCGCAGGCGAGUCGAGAAAGGCGAAGCUGGGAUCACUUCUGAGGAGCGGCUGUGCGAAUUGAAGGGGAAAGCGGGGCAGUUCCAACGCGCCUCGUCACCCCUGGCUGCCUCCGAGAGGAAGGAGGUUUUGAAGGCGACGACCGUCAGCAGUCGCGUGUCCAGCACAGAGUUUGCUGUGUGCAAGCGUCCAGGCUCUCGAAACGCGCCCACAGGUGGAGCCACUGAGGGCGUCUCCUUAGCCAACACUGGCGACACCUCAUCGCCCACCCUACAGGGCCCCGCGUCCAGUUCCCCGCAGUCGCCGUCGCCCUAUCGCUGUCCCGUGUGCAACGCCUGCAAGUGCUGCGGCUCAAUCCCGCGGAACUGCAAGACCUAGAGUAGCCGAAAAAUUGCAAGCAGUAAAGAAAGCGAUGCCUUGCACAAAACCUAUUCAUACAUGGGCCACAAUUCACCAAGAACUCACUUUUUAACUGCCAUCAUCUUUUCAACUAUGUGGUUCGAGUAACGAUAAAAAAUUACGCAUUGAGCAGCAGAAUCCAAAAAAAAAAAAUCUGUUAUACAAUGCCGCGCGCGACCUAAGAGAAAUGUAAACACCUGAGAUCAGGCUUGGGUCUAAAACCUUGGUGUAGACAACCGGAAGUCCUCUUCAUUGCAUAGAAGCGUGCAUGAACCGGCUACUAGAGAAAUAAAUUGUGGAUGGUGUUACGCCUUUUCAA